UAGCAUGACAGGCAUGAGCCACUGUGCCCGGCCAAUAUUUGUAGUUUCUGUAACUCACCUCAAGGAGGAGGAAUUUCAGUAUCUAUGGCCUGCCUUGCAGGAGAAAAACGGGAGAAAGAAGGGGGGCAGGAGAAGGUCAGAGAGAGACUUUGCUUCUGAGGCUCUUCCAGUGCCCUUUGGUUCAAAGUACUCAGCACGUCCAAGUGUCAUAUUUUUAGGCAUCGCUUUCUGACCCCUAACAGCACCUUCACUCAGAUGACCACUGGGCAUCUCAAACAUAACCCAGACCAAGCACCGGCCACUUUCCACAUCUCAGAUAAUGACAACUCUCCUAGGUGCUCAAGCCAAAACUGUGCAGUCCUUCCUGCUCUUUCCCUCACUCCCUACAUCCAACUCCUCAGCAAAUCCUGUGUUGUCUACCUUCAAAAGCCAUUCUAAAUCUGGCUGCCUCUCCCUCCCUGCUCUCACCGCCCUUGUGACAUCUCGCCUGGAUAAUGGCAGCAGGCUCCUCACUGGUCUCCAGCUUCCACUGACAUUGAUUCUCGCCACAGCAGCGAGAGUACGCCUUGAAAUCUCUCAGGUCCCUUCUCACAGCCCUGUCUAGACUAACAGUCCUCCCAGAUUUACAGAGCCCCAUCCCACCCCUUCCACCCCCACCUCUUACUGUUUGCCACCCCCUCCCCAGGCCUCCCAGCCUCACUGGCCUUCUUGCAGGUCCUCAAACACAACAGGCCUGAGGGCCACUGCGCUGACUGUGCCCUCUGCCUGGAAUUGGCAUGACUGGCUCCCUCAUUUCCUUCAAGUAUUUGUCCAAUGUUACUUUUUCAGUGAGGCCUACCCUGACCACUCUAUUUGCAAUUGCAACCUCCCUACUCCCACAAUUUCCCAUCUCCCUUAUCCUCCUCUGUUUUUUCCGUGCCACUUAUUACCUUCUAACACAUUUAUUUGGGUGUAUAGUAUUAACUGAAUAAAAUUUAGUAGGGGAGACAGGCAAUAAACAAGAAAAUAAAAGUAUGAGCAUAGGAGAGUUUACUCUAGCAGUGAGUGCUCUGAUGGAAAUAACACCCCAGGGAUGGGACACAGACUGCAAGGCAGGUUGCUUUGCAAUGGUCCCAGAGGGGACCUCUGAGCAGAGACUCAAAUCUGCGUCCAGAGGCGUCCUGAGGAGUGGAGCUGCGGCUGGGGGUGGGAAGGAAGGCCAUUCUAGGCUGCAGGAACUGCAAGGGCAAAGGCUCUGAGGUGGGAGCCAAGUUCAUGGCAGAUGUUUGAGGACACCUCUGGCUUCCAGGGCCUUCCAGAAGCUCCAGUCUCUUGGGUUUGGUUGUGCAUUCCCGAGACCUUCACCGCAGGCCGCCUCCUGGACCCACUAGGGCAGAGCCUGGGGGCUGCCGGUGGGCUUCAGGCCAGGGAAGCAGAAAUGGGUAAUUUCCAGAGGCAGAAGUCAGCUGACCCCGGUGGCCCGGUGGGUGGCCAAAAAAGCUUGACCGGCCCUCGCAGGCUGUGUAGGAGCCCACCCUUAGGAGGUGCCCAGAGCGAGACGUCUGUGGUUUGGCUCUGCCCCGGAAGCAGGCCUAGCAGGGAGAGGGGGGACCAGAGAGGAAGAGAUGGACUGAGUUUUCCGGACGAUGGGUCCGAGGCCCGCGGACCAUCUGAGAACCUCUGGGUUCGAGGCCACCGGCACCGACCAGUUCUGUGGCUCGGGCAGUUCAACGCCCUCUCGGGCCUCAGUUUCCCGCCCUCGCAGAUCCCGAGGCCGCCUCGGAGAUCCCGGGCCGGGUGAAUACUGGGCGGGGAGGGGCGGUAACUCCAACCUCCCGGGCGGGGUCUCCCAGCUCCCGCGGCCACGUUGCAGCCCAGGCGGAGGCGAGGGGUCUCGAGUCGAGAUCGCCCUCUUGGGCUUCGGUGCAAUCGGCGGCGGGAGGUGAGAGUGGACCUGGCGGGCUCCGGGAGGAAGUGGCCCCAGGGAAGGCGUGGCCGCGGGGACGUGGUGGGUAACAGCCCCGACACGAGGACGGGGAAACCGAGGCGGUAGCCAGGGAGACCCUGACCGAGAUGACCCCUGUUUAGGGCGACAGCCGGGUUGGGGAUCCCCGCAGUGGCCACUGGCACCGCGGUCUCGCACCCCCAGCUCGCCUCUCGUCCAACAAAAGAAUCCAGGAAGACGCCGGGGCAGGCGGGAGGCCGGGUGUGCGGGCGGCCUGACCCCCCUACUGGUGGAGAGGAGGGAGCGCCCUUCCCCGGAGGCGGGAGAGGGGAGGGGGCAUGGCCUCACGGGCUGCCCACCCCUUCGGUGUGCCCCAGUGCCGGGCCCAGGACCCCCAGUGAGGUCACUCCUCUGGCAAACAUCUGUGAUCUCCUCCUUCCACUUCCUGGGCCACCCCUACUGGAAUGGCCUCUCUCCCCAUCCAGGGAUCUGACUUGUUUUUCUCCAUAACCCUUAGCAUUACCGGUCCUUUUGGUACCUCUUAUUUCACUAAUUAUUCUUUCAUUAAUUUAUUAGUAUUUAUUUUGUUUGCCUACAGUGUGUUUCUCCCUGUGGGACUGUAGGCUCCGGGAGGGCGGGAGACUUUGAUUUCUCCACUGAUGUAUUCCCAUUAAUUCAACAGAUCCCUCCUGAGGGCCUCUCUGAGCCCUGCACAGUGCUGGAUAUUGGGGUUCUCCUGGGAACUUAGCCGAGCCCCACCCUAGACAUUCUGGGGCUGGGAACAGUGCUGUAAACACAAAUGACAUCGUGAGAUGAAGGAAACCAGAAAUGGGGGGUCUACUGGUCAGAUGACCUUACGUCAGGCCACCCUGGUGGUCAGAGCCACCUUAGAUGAUACGGUGAUCAUGCAAGGCCUCCCAGAUUAGGUGACUUCAGUUAAAGCCACAAAGAAACUGAGUGGGAAAUGCUAGAAGGGAAAAGCUAGGAACCAUGAGGGCACGUGUAGCUCUGACCUGGACUCAGGCAGGGAGCUGGGGUCUGAAGAGUAAAGGUCAAGAAAAGGGGACCCAGCCCCUUAAGCUGCUCAGGGGUUCCUGGCUGGGUAGAUGGGUGGGGGGAUUCUCAGGGGUCACGGAAGGCUUCCUGGUGGAGGCUGUGGUUUCAUUAGGCCUCGAAGGUGGAGUAGGAGUUCUCAUUCUUUGGGAUAAGCUGACUGGGCUUGAGAAUUGUUUUGCAGGCUCUUUGGGAACUAGGUGGUCCAAGGGCUGAGCUGUGUGGCCAGACAAGAGGUCCCUGCCCUCCCCCAGUGAGCCCUGCUGAAAGCCCUGCCCAGGUCCUGCCAUGCCUCCUGUCUGAUGCAAUCUUGUUAUUCUUUUCUCCAAGUCCGCCAAUGUCCAGUUUUUUUUUUGCAUGAUCCUCACAACAUCCCUUUGAGAGAAAAAGAAGGAGAGACGAGCCCACUUCUCAGGAGACUUUAGGGGCCUUACGGACACAGCAAGCAAUUCCUGUGGGAGCCAUGAAGCUGAAUGAAAGGAGUGUAGCCCACUAUGCACUCAGCGACUCCCCAGCAGACCACACGGGCUUCCUGCGCACCUGGGGGGGCCCAGGGACCCCAUCGACCCCUAGUGGCACUGGCCGAAGAUGCUGGUUUGUCCUCAAGGGCAACCUGCUGUUCUCCUUUGAGAGUCGCGAGGGCCGGGCCCCGCUGAGCCUGGUGGUGCUGGAAGGCUGCACAGUGGAGCUGGCUGAGGCUCCCGUGCCUGAGGAGUUUGCCUUUGCCAUCUGCUUUGAUGCCCCUGGAGUGCGCCCACACCUGCUGGCCGCAGAAGGGCCGGCGGCCCAGGAGGCCUGGGUGAAGGCACUGUCUCGGGCAAGCUUUGGCUACAUGCGCCUGGUGGUACGUGAGUUGGAGAGCCAGUUGCAGGACGCACGCCAGAGCCUCGCUUUGCAACGCCGCUCAUCCUGGAAGUCUGUUGCCAGCCGCUGUAAGCCCCAGGCUCCUAACCACCGAUCUGCGGGCCUGGAGAAUGGCCACUCCCUCUCCAAGGACAGCAGCCCCGUGGGCUUGGUUGAAGAAGCGGGCAGCAGGUCUUCAGGGCAGGGGUUGGCUGAGUGGGAGCUGCAGGGCCCUGCCAGCCUUCUCCUAGGCAGGGGGCAGAGCCCUGUGUCCCCUGAGACCUCCUGCUUCUCUACCCUGCAUGACUGGUAUGGCCAGGAGAUCGUGGAGCUGCGGCAGUGUUGGCAGCAGAGGGCCCAGAGGAGCCAGCCAAAAUGUGAGGAACAGGAUAAGCCCUAAGUCUGCACCCUUUGAGUCAGGAAACCAGGGCGAGUUCUUUUUCAGGAGUUAAAUGUUUACCCAUUUCCAACGUUGUGUUUUGGGAGGGGACAUGGGUUCUCUCCUUCCUGCUAUUUAGGCAUUCUCCAGAUUCCAGAUCCACCCAUGUGUCUGGAAGGGACUGAGGGACCAUUCCUUCCAUCCUCUUUAUUUCCUGAGGUCCAGAGAGGAAAGGAGACAUGGACGCCACAGAGCAAGACCCCAAUCUCCUGACUUCACUGGCCUGACUGGCCCCUCCCAGGGGAUGUUAAUGAAAUGAAGGAAGUGGGAAAUGUCACCUGAGAGUGUCACAGGCUUGCCCUACCUUUGACCUAUACACCAGGCUCUAGAGCCAUAAUUUCCAACCUGCGGAGUCUCGUGUGCAUUUAAAUCCGAGGUAGGCUGCAGUAUUGGCUUGAGGCUCUGACACUGUCAGAGAAAGUGGAUUUAUUGUGUCACAGGAGUUUCUGGGACCCAGCUCUUCCUGAGAGGGGUGGGAAGACUGGGGAUCCUCACUCAGCAGUUUGGGUAGGGCCCUUUGAGGCAGAGGGUCUUUGGCCAGUGAAGAGAGAUUUAUUCUGCUCAGAGUGUUGGGGUCCCAUCCUUUCUCCCCGGCUCCCCUGUUAACAGAUGGUGCUGGACCUUGCCCCAGAAGGGGCUUGUAGCUUUUUUAUGUCAACGAAAUGCCCGCCUGUACUCUGUCUUCAGCAGCCAACUCCUGGAGCUGCCAAGUGAGGGGUUAAAGAAGAGGUGGGUAGGCAGCGUGGCUCCCUGGGUAAAGUUUGUUGCUUUGGUUCUCAGUCCUGGGUAUUCUAGGAGUUUGGACACGGGAUUCCGUUUCCUGUGCUAAAAUUCUCUCUCCUGGCUGGGCUCCGGUAAACUGAAGCUGCUCGAGAAACCACCUGGAAACUCUCAUAGCCCUGUUUGUCACCCAGAGUGUACCUGCCAGGACCUUUCCUUGCUACUCUUCCCAACAUCGAGCGUGAUUUUUCUAGUGUUCUGGGAGGCAAAGCGGCUGGGUCACCAGAGCCUGACCAGACUGACGCCGCAGGGGGAAGACGCAGAGGCCGGGAGGAGACACCCCCUCCCAAACACACAAAACUUGCCCCUUCCUAGCCUCGGCUCCCCUCACUGGGGCCUUGGGCAGGACUGACCCGCACCCAACUAGGCCUAAGGGGGACGCUCGGAGCCUCUUACCCGCAGGAGGCGGAGAUGCGCCCAGGGCGGGCGCCCGGCCUGUUCCCCAGCCCUGCCUGGAAGCUCCGCAGCCACUGCAUUUUGUUGAAGCACAGAUAACACGGGCCCUUCUCUUAUUGCUACAGUGUUUUGUACGCGGUUAAAACACUAGUAAAGCUUUUUCAUUAUUA